GGGCCCCAGCAAAUAAUCACAUCUUCCAAUCACGGGUCGGGAGCACGAGACCUCCCCUCGCUGUCUCAAUUAACCUCCCCGCCAUCGAUAGCGCCUUUGAAUUCUUCGCCCCUGAAUCUUUUGUACCUUCGCCAUAAUACAGAAUCCGCCUUUCCACAUUGCGCUCUAUUUCUUUCCAAAAUUUUAUCUCCAUUCGCACAUUGCGCUAGCAGCCUAGACGUGUGCAAUUGCCUAAAUCUUGAAUUCAGGACAUCGUCACUGUUAUAGAGGCGGUGCCUCUCAAGCAGUUGUGGACUAAUUUAAUAGUACAAGAUUAUCCCGACACCCAAACCAACUCAACUCGCGCCCAUACCCCUUUUUCCACCUCCGCUCCACUCAACUCCAACAUGGGCUCGACAGAGACUAAGGCGGCCACGCCAGAAUUCCGAUACAUUCCCCUAUCAUACAACCAUGCCGACUCCCAGUCAUCUGCUCUCAGACUAAUCCUGACCCUCAACCCCGACUGGGAGGGUCCUGGCAACAACAUUGAGUUCGUGCGAUUCACCGACGGCAUCACCAACACCCUCCUGAAAAUUAUCAACUUGAGACCCGGCCUGACGGAGGAACAAAUAGACAAUGAGGCAGUACUGAUGAGGGCGUACGGAAAUGGCACAGAGAUCCUCAUAGAUCGCGAAAGAGAAACCAACUCCCACGCACUUUUGGCCAGCCGCGGCCUAGCCCCGCCCCUCCUCGCUCGAUUCAAGAACGGCCUGCUCUACCGCUUCAUCCGAGGCAGGCCCUGCAGCCACCAGGAUCUAGUCUCCCCGCCCAUCUGGCGCGGUGUCGCUCGCCGCCUGGCGCAGUGGCACGCCGGCCUACCUAGUAGCGGAGCCGCAUCUGUCGAGGAUGUCUCUGUGACCAAGAUCGCGGAUGUCCAGGACGAUGAGAUCACCGUAAUUCAGCCUCGGCGCGCGGGCCCAUCUAUGUGGGCUGUGCUGCAGAAGUGGGUGUUGGCUUUGCCAGUCACCACACCCGAGCAGCGCGCUCGUCGGUUGAGUCUGCAAGCAGAGCUGCAGUGGGCUCUGGAUCUUCUGGACGAUGGGAAGGGAAUUGGUGAAGACGGGCUCGUAUUUUCGCACUGCGAUCUCCUCUGUGCCAACGUCAUUGUCCUCCCCAGCGAGAAUGGUGUUACAACCUCUGAAGAUGGUAUCGCGCCUGUCAACUUCAUCGAUUAUGAAUAUGCGGUCCCUGCGCCUGCAGCCUUCGAUAUCUCCAACCACCUUGCUGAGUGGGGUGGCUACGACUGUGAUUACAACAUGAUGCCGACAAAGUCUGUGCGCCGUCAGUUCCUUACUGAUUACACGAAGAGCUACUGUGAACAACGCGGUCUUGACGCUUCAUCUGAAGCUGAGAUUGUCGACCGGCUGUACGAGGAUGUUGACCGUUUCCGUGGCAUCCCCGGUCUCUACUGGGGUGUUUGGGCACUAAUCCAAGCACAAAUCUCGCAGAUCGAUUUCGACUAUGCCAGCUACGCUGAGACCCGUCUUGGCGAGUACUACGCGUGGAAGCGCGAGGUAGACGGAAGCCGCAAACAAGCUGGAGAGGAGAUGCCGCUGCGCGAGUCCCGAUGGGCGUCAGAGGCGUAA